AUGAUUUCACCUUCCAUCACUGCUGGGACCCAGGGAACUUGCCCCAUAAUUUCACCUCCUCUUACUCAUAGGCCCCUGGGAACUGGCCUCAUAAUUUCACCUCCUCAUGCUCACUGGCCCAUGGAAACUAGACCUAUAAUUUCCCCACCCCUUUCUCACAGGGUUUUGGAAACUGGGCCCAUGACCUCUACUCUGCUCUCUUCCUGGUCCUCAGGGAGGAGUUAUAAUUAUCCUCUUUCCCCAACAACUUCCCCACCCACUGGCAGCUUUUACCAUGGCCACGUUAAGCAUCCAGACGCUUGUGAACCUAAACCACAGCUUGACCCCCCUCCUCGGAAAAAUUACUGUGGCUCCCCACUUUCUUCUCAGGCAGGCACAUCUUGUCCCAGCUCACCUCAGGAGGGCUCUUAUCACUAUUCCCAUCUUCCCCCAGAUGCCAGCAUACCUGCCACUGGGAGCCCUUACUGUGCCAUCCGCCUACCCCCUGGGAGUACUGGCUCUCCUUGCUCGCCCCAGUCCCAGGUUUCCAGGAAGCCUUGCUUUGAGUCCAUUUACUCUUGGGAGACUGGUGGGAGCUCUUAUGUCUGCAUAACCUCAGGCACUACAAUUUCUGGUCCACCCUGUCCCCACGAACCACCUCUUCCUCUGUCCUCCCACUGUCCUUGUUCUGCCUUCUUUCCUUCACCUCCAGGCAACCAGUUUAUGUCUCCACUCCAGGCACCCCACUGCAGAGGCUAUAAGGAACCCCCUCUCCCUAUCCCAGUUUGCCCCCAAGCUAAGUCUCCCAAAUCCUCAGAGUUAAAACAGCCAUGUGCUCCUCACAGAUGUCACUUCCUGGUCACCCAGCACACUCCUCCUGACCGGCCCAUGUCGCCUAAGGCCAGCACCUCUCCACCUCCCUCCUGCCCUUCUGGUCUCUCCGGUCCUUCUUGUAUGGUGACAUCCAUCACAACUUGCUCAAAUUCCUGCCCCAAAGAACUUCCCCAAGGGACUACCACACCUACUGUGGUCCCUAGAACCCUCAAAACAGUUAUCCCCACUUCCCUUCCCCUUCGCCUUCCUUGUGAUCCUGUCUUACCCAAUAGUUAUGCUCAGACCAGCCCCCGAGGACCCCCCAUUGGACCCCUCUGCAGUACCCAUGUGUAUUCUGUGGUUUCCCCCACCUGCCGCAAUCCCUGCCUACUCUUUGGUUCCCUCAAUCAAUCCACAGUUCCCCUUCAGUGUCAUAACCAGCCCGUGGUGCCCUGCUGUGGCACCUAUAGCACUCCCAGGGGCCCAUCCCAACCUCAUCGCCAGCCUGUGGUGCCUCCUUGUUCUAUGCAUAUCUAUUCUUUUAUCCCUUUGAGAACACCCCUUGACCCCCCAAAUUUACCGAUUGCCCCCCGAGCCUGGGGCCAUCUUGAUACUAUGCCCUGUGGCCUCCAUGUCUACUCUGUGGUUUCUCGAGACUGCCGCAAGGAGUCUCCCCAGAUCCCCUACAGCUGUCCUUUGUCUUCAUCCAAGAAUUCCAGCUGUAGCACUAAUGCCAACUGUAGUUUGACUGUUGUUGUUAGUGAAUGCCAGAGUAGUGACAGCCAGAGCACCCUCCAAAGCACAAGUUGGAGCCAGAGUGAGAGUACCCAUAGUCCUAGCACAAAUUGGAGUCAAAGAAAGAGUUUCCAUCUUAGUAGAAGUCUGAAUGGGAGCCAUGUCUACUUCUGUGCUCUUCAAGCCUGA